GAUCAGUCAUCAUAUAAUUGUGUGAAGUCAGCCGUCUGUCUGGCACAGAUGUGUGUUAGUGUGUUUCCAGCUGUUUGUGGGGAAUCAUGAAGUCUAGACCUACGGUGUGGCCGGACUGGAGGACCCUCCCUUCACCCCGCUGUGAGAUCAUCACACUUUUAAUUAGACCGGAUCUGUCAAUUAACAGGAAGUCAGCUGGUUUCUUUCAGGCUUUUUAAAGGCAGUGGAGACGAACCUCAGGCAGGAUUCUGACGGACGCUCAGCACAAGAUUGAAAGAAGGAUGUCUUCCACUACAUUCUGUGCUGCUAUUCUGCUGCUUUGUGCCGUGACAUUCAGUGCUGCUCAGACGAGUUGCAAAGGCCGGUGUGGUGCAGAGUACUACAGGGGUUACAUGUGCCAGUGUGAUUACACCUGUCUGUCAUAUGGAGAGUGCUGCAAGGACUUUGAAGCUCAAUGCACAACAAGAGACUCUUGCAGAGGUCGGUGUGGAGAGAGUUUUAAGAGGGGCCGGCUGUGCAGUUGUGACAUGGACUGUGUGAAGUACAAAAAGUGUUGUUCAGACUUCAAGAACCACUGUGAUGAAACAGAGCCGCUUGUGAGUGGAGCAACAGAUCAGACUUCUACAUUCAGCGAGGGGGACAAUGCAGAUGAUGAUUUAAUUCCCCUGGUCAGCCCAACAACAUACCCUGAAGAUGACCUCAGUGAUGAUAUGUAUGGCCAGACUUUCCCCGAUGAUGACUUUUCUGACAAUGACGUGCAAAAGCCAGAGGCCACUCCGAUCCCUGAGAGCAUGAGUGGCUACGGAUCGUCUGCAGCUGACCUCCUGGAUCAACUCUCCACUGAACCCACCCAGGACCCGGACGUUGUUGAGAUCAGUAUAGGGGCAGUGGGGAUCAGUACGGAGGCAGUGACUGAAGCCUCUCAGACGCACACAACUAUUUCAGAAAAUGAGCCCACACAGGCCAGAGACAGUCCCAGGACACUCUCCCCAAACACUGAAGCAGUGUCCACUUACAGUCCAGAUGCCAAUGAUCCCACAAGCUCAGGAGCAACUCCCCCUCAGCCUACGACAGCAGCUGUCUCCAGCCAACCAACUUUACUCACAGAGCCCCAACGAGGGGAUUCUCCUGCCCCUGACAUCCAAGAGCCUGUGAAAGAAGUGCCGCCUGAGGCUGACAUUUCUCCUGAGGCGGAGAAAACAGACCCGACUGUACUCCCCGCUGAUGAACCAGAUGUUACAACUCUAGCUCCAAACACAGCCUCCAGCCUGACUGUGGUUUCAGCAUCCACAGGACCCACACAGGACUCUGCUGCAGACUCCACCAGCCCUGCCGCAUCAACACUGGACCCAACACCUAUCCCAAUGGCAACCACUUUAGCCGGUGGACCAAAUGAUGCCAACACAGUGGAGGUCACAACAGAACCUCCAUCCUCUCUACCAGACCUCGAGGACUCCUCAGUCAGCGUUUCAACUACCAGGAUGCCGACUGAACCCGACGCCUCAACGACUAUUAUCCCAACAUCCACAGACGCAGUGCAGGGUGACGCGGAGGAUGUUACACCAAAGGGGACCACAGCAGAUCCACUUAAUCUCACCCCAGCCCCAACCAAACCUACAACAUCUGAGGCCACCUCAAAGCCCCAGGACAAACCUGAAGUGUUGAAGCCUGUUCCAGUGCCAGUUAAACCAGCUCUGGCUAAACCAAGCUCCAAACCUCUGGACACUCAAACCCUCAGUGUGGAUGAUAGAGACUACCAAGCAGAUGACAGUAAUGAUACAAAUCUGUGCAGCGGGCGGCCGGUCAGCGGAGUCACCACGCUGAGGAACGGCACAAUAGUGGUUUUCAGAGGGCACUUCUUCUGGUUUCUGGACAGAAACAGGGUGCCAGGUCCGGCCCGUGACAUCACUCAAGUGUGGGGCGUCCCAUCUCCCAUCGACACCGUGUUCACCCGCUGCAACUGCCAGGGCAAGACAUACAUCUUCAAGGGGCCCCAGUACUGGAGAUAUGAAAAUGACAUUCUGGACCCAGGCUUUCCAAAGGUCGUUCAAACAGGUUUUGAUGGGCUCCGGGGCCACAUCACGGCUGCUCUGUCUGUGCCUCAGUACCAGAGGAGGAGAGAGGCUGUUUAUUUCUUCAAGAGAGGUGGAACAGUCCAGAAAUAUUCGUACAAGUUUGGCACCAGUCCAAGUUGUGGCAGGAAACCUCAGUCCGCCAUUUACACAGUCAAAAACCGCAUAGCCCGACAAGCAGUGUCAGCUCUGGGGACCACCAUCAACAUCCGGGCGUCUUGGAGAGGCUUCCCGUCCACCGUGACGGCUGCUGUUUCCAUCCCGAGCAACAGAAAACCGGAAGGAUACAAAUACUACGUCAUGUCAAGAUCCAAAUCCUACAAAGUGAGGAUGGAUGGCGGACGUCCUGAGCUUGCUGCUCCUGCAGCCAACACUUCACCUCAGAGCAACAACAUCUUUAGAUGCCCCAAGAAAGUCUGACUAAAGAAAAAUGUUGUCUUGUAGAUUUAAAGUUUAUUACAUUCUUCAUAAAACACACUGCUCCAGCAUGGACUGAUUACAAAGGGUACUUUUCAAGCACAUAAAAAAACACAGGCUUUGGAGCAAGGGAACAUUUUGGAACAUUAUCUAAAUACAGAAUGAAAACACUCGAGUUUGAAUGUGUUUACGAUAGGAAUGACACGUUUUUCUGUCAUGGUUGUGAAGUUUUCUGAUCAGUGCUUCAUCUCUGGAAUCGUCUUCCGUGGAAACCUCGAGAAAACCGAGAAGGAAACCCUUGACCUGUUGAGACAUUACAUAUUUCUUAAGAGUGGAACGCCUGCUGUACUGGGGUAAAAAUUCUGUACAUGGCUGUAUAAAAUGUAAAAGGAUGUGAGCAUCUCCUGUAUUUGUAUUAACAAUAAAGUGGAUAUUAUUAUCUCAAAACAUGUGUAAAUUCUCUGAGUGGUAUUGAAAUGUUGGGUGCACACAAUACAUUUAUAACCUAUGACCUCCCUGAGGAGAUAAGGCUGGCAGAGUCAGU